AUGGCAGAGCAAGUUAAAGAUUGUAAGGGAAAUUGCUCAUGCAAUUCCUAUCUCCACACUGCGUUCUCAAGACCCAUCAUCCACAGGAACAAACAACUGGAAAACAUCUUUUUAGACCAGAACAAUGUUGCCAAACUAACCGAAUUUUCACCAUCCAUAUCCAUCCCCAAAGGUGGAACUCAUGCAGUAGUUGACUACCUGGGUGGGACUGCUGAGUUCAUAUGCCCCAACUAUUUUAGCACAUUCUAUGUAAUGGAGAUAGUUGACGCCUACAGCUUCGGAUCAUUUCUAUUAGAGCUUUUAACUGGAAGGAGGUUAGGUCAUCUAGCACAAGCAGCCAAAGAUGAAGGAGGAGGAGGAGCUGGUGUGGAGCAACAAGUACAAGCUGUGUUACAGCUUGCCCUCAUAUGCAGAGAACAAGAUCCAGAGAUAAGGCCAAAUAUGAUUGACGUUACAAAAGAACUCAGAAACAUUGAGAGAUUCAUCCCAUGA